CAGUUGCAGAUGAACAAACCGGGAAGUUCCUCGCGACCGGCUGCUGAAGAUGUUUACAUUUAGUUUAACGCUCGUGCGACAUGGGGAAACACAGUACAACAAGGACAAGCUGCUGCAAGGUCAAGGCGUGGACACUCCCCUAUCAGAGACAGGUGUGCAUCAGGGUGAAGCAGUGGGACGAUACCUCAAAGACAUAAGAUUCAACAAUGUGUUUGCCAGUAACUUACAAAGGGCCGUACAGACAGCUGAAAUAAUUCUGAGGAACAACACUCACUGUUCUGGCAUGAAGAUGGUUUUGGAGCCGUUACUCAGAGAGAGGGGUUUUGGAGUUGCUGAGGGGCGACCCAAAGAGGAUCUGAAGAACAUGGCAAACGCUGCCGGCCAGUCGUGUCGUGACUACACACCACCAGGAGGAGAGACGUUAGAUCAGGUGAAGCUUCGAUUCAAAAAAUUCCUCAAAGUGCUUUUCAAGCAAUUGUUGGAUGAACACGGCUCGUCACGGCCAGAUGCCUGUGCGGGAACAUCAGCAGCCGGUGACGCUGCAAACGGGAUGGCAGCUUCUGCCUUCGCUUCUGAUGGUUUGGCUGACGACGGUCUGCAGGGACUGUCCGCCCACGUUCUGGUCGUGAGCCAUGGCGCCUACAUCCGUGUGGUCAUCAGGCACCUUGUAGAGGACUUAAAAUGCUCUCUGCCUCCAGGGGUGAAGAUGUCCCAGCUGUUGUCACCCUGUCCAAACACCGGCAUCAGCCGCUUUAUCCUCACUCUGAGUCGGUCCGAGUCCGGCCCGGUCCUCUCCACUGCUCGUUGUGUUUUCACCAACAGAAAGGACCACCUCACAGCUGCUGAAUAGUGUUGGGCGAGAGAAAUGAGGUAGAAGUUUCAUGUGUGUGGUGUCUGUACAGAUACACAGUAUAUCUGACGUACACUGAAACAAUCAUGAACACAAAAGGGAAUAAGAGGCAAAGACCUCAAAGUUACCACAGGUAACUGAAUACAACAAUGCACAGGGUAAAUGAAGUUUUCUCAGUCAUCCAUUGUGUUUUACUGUGGAUCAGUUGUCCAAAUAAUUGUGCAGUACUGUAUCAUUAGACCAUUUCAUCAUUCUUCCCACUGUGGGCCAGUAAGAACUUGUGUCUCAUACUACUACGUAUUUACUAGUAUUCACUUUCUUGCGUCUCUUUAUCAUGUUAUACCAAAGCCAGACUAUUUAAUGCAUUAUUGAACACUUGUCAGUGGGCGUGGCAUUUUAAAGUUGAUGCGUCUCCUGUGUUGCAGUUGUGGAGCUGCUCGUUUUACUUGUGCAAUAUAAGAUGACAACACUGAAUCUUUGUUGAGUUUUUGUUUGACAAAAAAAAAAGUUAAAUGUAUAUGUAGAAGUGACAGAAGGUUUGCACGUAGACUCAAAAUGCUGUGAAACAUUUCUGAAAUCCGCUGACGUAUUUGCUGCCCAGUGCUGAAUAUUCAUAGGUGUUUUAGGCUCUUUUUUUCUUUUUUUAGAGUAUUUUUUUAAUCUCUAUUGAAUGCCUGAGCCAUGCUGCCCAUAAUGGCCUCAAUACUUCAAACACAAUGUGAUCUAUUUAUGUCAAUACUUCAAAAAUAAAAUUGAUCUCCCAUUGAAGACAAAGCUACUUUUACUAUUUUAAUACAUAACAGAAGGAAGGAGGGAGGAAGAAUCACUUCUAGAUCACUGUCACUCAUGGUAUUUAUACUUUCAGGAAGACUUUUUGUGUUUGUUUUUUUCCAUUAUUAACUGCAUAGA